AUGCUCCGCCGCGCGCUUCGACGGGCGCGAACGUCCGUCGUCGCGGCGUGCGCGCGUGGGUCGUCCGCGCGCGCGCGCGCGACGCACGCGUGGGCAUCGACGCCCGAUGAAGGCUCGCGACGCGCGCGUGCGAUCAUCGACGCCGCCGACGGCGCCCGCGCGCGCGCGUCCGGACGAGGGACGGUGCCGACGACGCGGACGACGUCGUGGCAUCGCACGCGCCCGCGAGGGACCGCGCGGACGGUGGCGUCGGAGACGAUUGGAUUCAAGGCAGAGACGAGAAAAUUGCUGGACAUUGUCACCAAUUCCUUGUACGCCGAGCGCGAGGUGUUCGCGCGAGAGCUCGUGAGUAACGCGAGCGAUGCGUUGGAGCGGGCGAGACACGACGCGUUGGCGCGUGGGGAAGAUCCUGGGCGGUUGGAGAUUCGGAUCACGACGGAUGACGCGGAUGGGAAGACGCUCGCGAUUGAAGACGACGGACGCGGGAUGACGCGAGAGGAGUUGGUGGAGAAUCUGGGGACGAUCGCGAAGAGCGGGAGUAAGGCGUUCUUGGAGGGGUUGGAUGGGACGAAUGAGGAGGCGGCGGCGAAUAUCAUCGGGAAGUUUGGCGUCGGGUUCUACGCGAGCUUCAUGGUGAGCGAUAAGGUUGAGGUGAUUUCGAGCGCCGGCGCGCGCGGGGAUGGCAAGGCGUGGAAGUGGAGCUCGAUGGGCGACGGUACGUUUACGAUCGAGGAGGCGACGGAGAGCGACGGCGCACCCGCGCGUGGUACGAAGAUUCUGAUGCACAUCAAGAAGGACCAGAAGCAUCUCGUCUCCAAGUGGGGGAUGGAGACGGUGCUGAAAAAGUACAGCUCCUUUGUGGGAUUUCCAAUCUUGUUGAACGGCAACCGCAUGAACGACGUCGGUGCGCUGUGGCUCAAGGAUGAAAAGGAUCUCACCGAUGAAGAAUCCAUCGCGUUUUAUCGAUUGAUGAGCGGCGCGAGCGAUAUGCCGCCGUUUCGUAUGUCUUUCAAGGCGGACGCGCCGAUGACGAUUCGAAGCUUGUUAUAUUUUCCCGCGGAGAACCCCGAGCGCUUGGCCGGGAUCGGUGGGCAGUCGAGCUCGGGCGUGAGUCUAUACGCGCGAAGAGUGCUCAUUCAACAGAACACGGAGCGAUUACUCCCGCCGUUUUUGCGUUUCGUCCGCGGCGUGAUCGAUUGCGAAGACAUUCCUCUGAACAUUUCGCGCGAGUCGCUUCAAGAUUCCAUGCUCGUCCUGCGGCUCGGACAAAUAAUGGCGAAGCGCGUGCUAAAGUUUUUGGACGAAAAGGCAAAGAAGGAACCGGAGAAAUAUAACAAGUGGUUCGCCAAUCUGGGAUUCUUCCUGAAAGAGGGCGUGUGCUCGGAGUACGCGUACAAGCAAGAGCUCGCUGAGUUGCUUCGGUAUGAAUCGAGCGCCACCGAGGCGGGUAAGUUGACGUCGUUGCGUGACUACGCGAACCGCAUGCCCGAGUCGCAACAGAACGUGUAUUACAUCGUCGCUCCGAGCCGACAGCAGGCGGAAUCGUCGCCGUACUUGGAGGCUGCGAAAUCUCGAGGGUACGAAGUCCUCUUCCUGUAUGCGCACAUUGACGAGUUUGUCAUGCAACACUUGAUGAAAGUCGCGGGCAAGGAUUUGAUCAGCGUCGAGGCGGCGAAUCUCGAGGUCGAUGAAAAGUCAGAGGAUGCCGAAGAAGCGCUCGAUGAGAGCGCGAGCGCCGACCUGUGCAAGUGGUUCGGCGACGACGCUCUCGGAGGCAAGCUCAAAGAGGUGAAAAUGAGCACUCGACUCGCGAGUUCGCCUGCGAUCCUCUCUGGUCAUGAACCCGAAGCUAUGCGUCGAUACCGCAUGGUUCAAACGAUGGCUAGCGACGCCGCCGCGAGCAAGAAGUUGGCGGAGAUGGCGAACGACUUUUCUAUGCUCACGUUGGAGCUCAACCCGAAGCAUGAGAUGAUUCGUCGCGUCAAUGCGGCGCGCUCGAGCUCGGACGCUGACACGCGUCGGUUGGCCGCCCUCGUGGCUGAGCAAAUUUUCGACAAUGCGCGCGUCGCCGCGGGUUCGUUGGAUGACCCGCGGGCAAUGCUCGCGAGACUGAACGAGAUUCUCGAAAAGACUCUUCCGAAAUAG